AUGAAGGGUUACAGUAUCCGUGUCAUUGUAUUUGUCAUUAUUUAUUUUUCAGAAAACAUUGCAGUGGCCGGUGGAAAGAUUACUCUACCCUGCAAUAUAACACCAGCAUUAAAGGAAGAUAGAGUAGUUCUGGUUCUUUGGUACAAAGACGACUUUUCAAAGCCUGUUUACACUUUAGAUUCUAGAAAAGGAGGUGUAGCCCAGGGACGUCAUGCUACAAGUGAUCCAUUUACAGGAAGGGCCUACUUUAGUACGGUCGACAGACCAGCGGUUCUUGUUUUGGACCCCUUACUGCCAGAGGACGAAGGACGUUUUAGGUGUAGAGUGGACUUCGAACGAGAAAGAACUAGGCAUGACGAAACUUAUCUUAUGGUGGUUGUACCUCCAAGAAGUCUUGUAAUAACAGAUGAACGAGGAGAAGUUGUCCAAAGUCUAAUAGGACCUUAUAACGAGGGAGAUGGCCUUGUGUUAACUUGCGAAGUAGAGGGAGGUAAGCCCACGCCAUCUGUCACUUGGUGGCGAGAGUCGGUACUACUGGAUGACACCUACGACAUCACCGUUUUUGGUAAUGUUCGGAACAAGCUUCAAAUUGAUCAACUUCGUAGGCAUGACCUGAUGGCAACGUUUUUGUGUCAAGCAUCAAACACGAAUCUCUCUAUACCAAUGACUUCCACCGUUACAAUUGACAUGAACUUCAGACCCCUGACUGCUAAGAUACUGGGCAAUAGAAAACCUCUUUCUUCUGGAGAAACGGUUGAAAUUCAAUGCGUGACGAUGGGCUCGCGACCUCCUGCAGAGAUCACAUGGUGGAAAGGAAGCACCGAACUGCGGAGUACUAAGAGCAAGUCUUCUGGAAAUGGUAAUUACACUUCCAGUGUGCUCACCAUCAAGCCCUCUAGCGAUGAUAACGGAAAGUUCUUGACCUGCAGGGCUAUGAAUCCUUUGAUGCCAGACAGCGUAGUUGAAUAUAGCUUGAGACUGGAAGUGUAUUACCCACCACAACUCAUUCUUAGGUUAGGCAGCAAGCUACGUCAUACUCAUUUACAGGAAGGAAAUGAUGUAUAUCUAGAAUGUAACAUCCGGGCAAAUCCCUGGGUUACAGAGGUUACCUGGAAAUUGGAAGGACGUGAUUUAGUAACUAAUACCUCUAUCGGAGUCAUAGUUAGUAAUCAGUCAUUGGUGUUGCAGAAGGUGAAACGUUCCAAUAGAGGGCGAUAUCUCUGUUCUGCCAAAAACCCGCAAGGUUAUGGAGAAAGUAAUGUUGUUUUCCUGCGAAUACAAUAUGCGCCAGUCUGUAAGCCUGGUCAGAAGUUAACUUACGGGGUUCCUCAAUAUGAUGGUGUUGACAUUCGCUGUCAGGUGGAGGCCGACCCACCGGAAGUGAAGUUCCGUUGGAAUUUCAAUAAUUCCUUAGAAAGGCGGGAGAUCAUGAACUUUGAAACAAGCGGCACUGAAAGCGUGACCAGAUUUAUUCCUAGAAGCAAUCAGGACUUCGGCUCGCUGCUCUGCUGGGCAGCUAAUAAUGUAGGGAUGCAGCGAGAACCUUGUAUCUACGCGGUAAUUCCUGCAGGCGUACCAGACCCUGUGGCCAACUGUUCUGUUUUUAAUCAAACGGAUCACACUUUUCGAGUUCAAUGCAAGCCAGGUUAUGACGGUGGCCUCCGACAACAUUUUAUUAUGGAAGUGCAUGAUACCGCUUAUCAACGGCUCCGAGCCAAUAUGACUUCACCAAUACCAAUUUUCCUUGCUCGUAAUCUUCCUUCCUCUGCAAGCUUUCUGGUAGUGGUGUAUUCUGUGAACUCCAAAGGAAGAAGUCAGACUAAGGUACUCACAGCCAAAACUAUUCUUAACCCAGAGACUCAAGCCCAUAACGAAAACAGCAAAGGGAAGCUUUUCUUUAGUCCUGUCUUGGUGGUGUUGAUUUCCCUGGCGGUUGGACUAAUCAUCAUAGUCAUAAUAGUCGUUCUGGUCGUCAGAUGUAGACAGAGAAAAGGCCCGGCGACUCAAAAAUCUGAACCAGUAGAAAAAACAGAGAAGUACGAUUCACCGCCAGUACUGAAGACGACACCGUCCGAAGAGAAAUGCCCUGAUGUUAUCCCUGGUAAUAGCGUCAAAAUGAAGGCAGCAAUUACACCAGCUUAUGAAGAUUUCGAAAUUGAGAAAUAUAAAAUUCCGAAGUCACCCAAAAGUUCUCAAUCGAUGUGUAAGCCUACCAAACGUGAGACAAAUUCACCCACUUCUAAUCCGACGUUCAACAAACCAAAACAGGAAUCUUAUCCUCAACCUCUGCAAGAAUUUUCUCAUACAAGUGGUCAGAAACGGGUAAAGGUAUUACCAACUCCUCCGCCAGGGCGGCGUCAUGAAGAACCGAUUCAUGAGGAUACUAACGUGUGACUACACCACUGUUAUAUAAAAGAAGACUUUUUAACGUGUCUGUUCGAAAUAAAAGGAAGGAAAUGAAUUAACUUUUUCAGUUAAUGAUAUGUUGUUGUUUAGUUGCCUCCACAAAAUAAGUGCUUGAUGUCAAAAUCGUAUUCCUGUACGGAGUUGUUAAAUAAUUUUAAUGUAUUCAUGAGCUUUAUAUUCUAUUAUUUAUUACUAAAAACAAGAGAAGUGCCCAAAGAGUCUGAGAAAAGUGACUUAAACGCUCUACCUCAGUUUUCAGAAGUUGUUAUGGCACCAUCUAGUUUAACUGUGAUCUCCCAGUUAAUGUUGUACCGUCAUGCUUACUUUGCUUUGCGUUUCAGGUCUUUCAAAACAUUCCUGGUAUGAAUUUGUUUGCAGAAACGAUUGCGGGUGAUAAACGGAAAUUAAGUUCGCAAAGGCAGUAGGUGUUUGUUUUCAAUUGUUUCUUAAUAUUAUCAUUUCUAAUGUUAAUGUGCCGAAUUAUAAUGAUGUAUGGGACUUCAAAUUGAUCAACACCCAAAAGGUAUUAUUUAACGUAUUUAUUAAACAUCAGGAGAUGAAUAUGAUUUUAAAGACAAACAAAAUAAAGAAUUGCUUUGCUUGUA